CCAGAAGUGUUUCAACUAGUGUUAAGUAUUCAACAAGAUCAUGCCAAACGUUAGAUAAGGGAGUGCAUUAUCGCAGGACAUCAGAGACUAAUUUGGACGCAUCUUUGUGCACAUUCAUUUUCGGUGGUCCGGCAGUUCGUACCAACAAUUCUUUAUCAUUUCCGUUUCGAGCGAUAAGCCUACCGUCGCCAGUGAUAACCAUUUAAUUCCAGCCGAUAAGGUUCAAUAUUCGCGUGUUUUACUUUUGUUUUUGUGGUAGACAACACGUACCACUCUACGUUCCUAUCAGCCAGCCGGGAGCGAUGAGUCCCUCAAACGCCUUCGGCAGUGUCCUCCGACGGGUGUCCGCCGCAGCAGCAACAGUUUCAGCAAUCACAGCUGGUUCAACGCGGACCCUAUCUAGACGAACGCUCAUCACAACCUCCUACGAAACGACGGUGCGUCGGUACAUAAACAUCAGCACGCUGUGUCCGCUCCAUCAGACGGCAAUUCUCUCGCAGGGCGCCAACAUGGAGCAACGUAAACCUUUCACAGCUGAUUUCUUCUUCAGACAGCUGUUUGAUGAACAAUCGCACACGUAUUCAUACCUGCUGGCGGAUAUUGCCUCCAAGGAGGCCAUCCUGAUCGAUCCCGUGCUGGAGCAGGCUACGAGGGAUGCCAAGCUGAUCGAGGAAUUGGGGUUCACGCUCAAGUUUGCUCUGAACACCCAUAUGCAUGCCGACCAUGUCACCGGUACCGGGUACUUGAAGCAGCUGUUGCCAGGAACACUGAGCGUGAUUUCGAAAAACAGCGGUGCAAAAGCAGAUCGUCAUCUGGUAGACAAUGAGACGGUGAAGUUCGGUCGCCAUGAGUUACGGGCCCUCUGCACACCGGGCCACACCAACGGUUGCAUGACGUUCGUGGUUGAGGAGCAGGGAUGCGCCUUCACGGGAGAUACGCUGCUUAUUCGUGGCUGCGGUCGUACCGAUUUCCAGGAGGGUGAUUCCCGUACACUUUACCGUUCCGUUCACGAUCGUAUCUUUACCUUACCAGACAACUUCCGGCUGUUUCCGGCGCACGAUUACAAAGGAAACAUGGAGACAACGGUGGCCGAGGAGAAGCGCUACAAUCCCCGACUGACGAAGGACAUUGAGGCGUUCGUUGAACUGAUGGGUAACCUGAACUUGCCCUAUCCGAAAAUGAUUGAUAAAGCUGUGCCAGCCAACCGUGAAUGUGGACUCUUCGACAUCCCCAAGGAGUCUUAAAGGAGGGCGUAGCAAGAGCGGCAGUGAAGCAGAAGUAUUACCGUUGAUGUAAAGUACAGAAGGAUAAUGGAUAUAACGCGGGUUGUUAUUGACUUUUAUACAAUUUUUAAAUCAAUCUUUACCGGACGAUUGCAAUAGCAUAACCGAAGCUGAAACCUUGUCCAAUGCAUUCGGGCUUUUUCUUGUGCCAGCACUUAUAAAAGCAUUACAUAG